AUAAUUAUUUGAUUAAUUGUAGUAAGUAGCAACUCGCUGCUCCAGUAUCACCACACUCACAUGCGAGCAUUUCAAGACAAUACCCAUCGGUCCCCCCACAUAAUUACUCGAUACCACGAGGUCGAUCCCGCAAAACCUCCCAAACCCCAAGGUGCAGCUUCCAACUUUGUCCCGGCUCCGGCGCCCGUCAGCUUUUCACACACACAGUCACAGUCACACACACGGCUUCGAAGGAAGCAGAAAGGAAGGAGAGAAAGAAGGAAACGGGAAAAAACAACCCUUCCUUGGGAUCCUCCUGACUUCCUGAGCCGACUCCUCCUCAUCUGUUUUCAAUUCAAACCCUUUUAUACGUUGCCGCUUAGCGAGCUGUUCCCCUCUCUGACCGCUGCUUCCGUUCCUCAGAAAAAAUUCCUUCCUUAACUAGAGAGAUUUGGACGGCAGUGCCAUAUGCUGAUCAGUCCAGUUUCCUCCAUAGCCAAGAAAAGGAUGGCGCUUUAAGACAAUCUUCGUCUUCUUCCUCUUUAAUUAGUUCGACCCCUUAUAAAUACUUGCCUUCCUUGGUGCUCGUUGGUGCCGCCGGAGAAAGGGAAGACAGAGCCAGGUCGCCUUGUUUGGAUUCAGAGAGAAAGAGAGGUGUUUGGAUCGUGUGAUGAAUGGGAAAGAGAGGACACGUCUGAGAGGAGGGAAUUAAUGGUGAGAGAGACUGAAAGGGGGUGUUGAUUGUUAUACUCUCUCUUCUUCAGCCAGAGCCAGUUGCACGGUGGCCAGAAGAACCAGAGGAUAUGUUUGGAACGGAGGCCACAUUCGGGAGAUAAGUUUCAGAUCGGCUUACUGAUAUGGAAUCGAGGAGAUUGGAGCAGUUAGUGCUUCUGCUUUGCUGCGUCGCGGCCAUCACAUGCAGGGGCUGUCUGCAUGCAGAAGCUCAGGCCCAAACCACUCUGCACCGCCCCCACCGAAGAAGCUUACUCCACAAUGGAGCAGUGGGCAGAAUUUUGUUUGAGACUGGAAACAGAUCGGAUAGUGAUCUUUCGAGGAGAACGAUGCGGAUCGAUCCUCUUGACGGUUUAAGGAAGUACGAUGGAGGAUACAAUAUCACAAACAAGCAUUACUGGAGUUCGACCAUAUUUACAGGUAGAUCUGGAUACAUCAUUGCAGCAUUAUGGCUCAUUGGUGGUAUUAUAUUUGUUGGUUUCCUUGUGGCCUUGAAGAUCUUCUUCACCAAAAAGAACAAAAGAGAUGGUGUCGUGGACUAUUUUCUUGACAGAUGCCACCUUUUGUCUGUAAUAUCCAUCAUUCUUCUUGCAGUUUUUGUCAUAGUUUCAUCGGCCAUCGCACUCCAUGGCGCCGUAAGAUUUCAUUCGAGAGCUGAAUCCAUCAAAGAUAUCAUAGGGAGAACUGCACUGGAGGCGACUGUGACGAUCUACAACAUUACCGGAGCCAUUGAGAGGAUGGAGAACAUAUCGAACCUGUACAACAAUAGCAGCCAAGCUUUUGAUCAUCUGAACUCCACAGUGGUGGCACUCAAGUCUGAAGCCGUGGAGAUUCAGGCAAAGGCGGAGAAGAACAUGCGCUUGGUCAGCCAGGGCAUCAAGACAUUAGAAGUUGUCACCAUUUUAACAGUGACACUGAACCUUGUUGUGGUUGUAAUGUUGCUAGUGGGAAGACCUGUGAGGCUACAGAAAUUGUGCUACCUGUGCAUAGCCUUGUGCUGGGCACUGACAGCCCUCUUCUGGAUGUACUUCGGCCUGUAUUACUUCCUCGACAAGUUUGCUGGCGACACGUGCGCCGCCCUGGAGGAGUACCAGCAGAACCCGCAGAACAGCACGCUGGGCGCCAUCAUCCCCUGCAGCGAGAAGCUGUCCGGCGGCGUGAUCCUGCACGACGUCGGCGCCGGCAUCCAUGACAUCAUAGACCAGGUGAACUCGAACAUAUACUCGAUCAAGUCGGAGUACGGCGUGAAGAAGCUCGAGUACAUCUGCAACCCGUUCACGGGGCCGCCCAAGUACCGGUACCGGCCGGAGAACUGCGGCUCCGGGGAGGCCACCAUCGGCGACAUCCCGCAGAUCCUGAAGCGGCUGACGUGCUCGGACCUGGGCGGCGGCGCCGGCUGCGAGCCGGCGGAGCUGUCAUCGGCGAUCGACCUCGACAAGGUGCAGACCUACACGGGGUCCAUCCAGAACGUGCUGGACAUCUUCCCGGGCACGGAGCGGCUCGUCACCUGCGAGCUCGUCAAGGCCGGCUUCGCGGGCAUCGUGGGGGCCCAGUGCGGCCCGCUAAGGCGCGGAGCGAGGGAGACGUGGGCUGGGCUCGCCGCGCUGGCAGCCGCCAUGGCGCUGCUCCUCGUGCUCGCGCUCGCCUCGGCGGCGUGCGGCGGCGGCGGCGGAGAGCGGCGCUCCGUGAGGCACCACACCUCGUCGGCUUCGUCCUCUAACUCGGAGGAGGCUGAUUUGGACGAGAUGCGCGCCAGGAAAGUGAGAGAUGGUGGGAUUGGGAUCGUCGGGCCGUGAGAUGGAAUUCGUUUUUGCUGUGCUCUUUGUUAUAUUACUGCCGGUGGGAGAGACCGAUCCAGGAGAGAUCGUCCGUCGCCGGCGCGCCAUUGACGCGAAGCGUUUGGUUUCUUUUCGUGGGGUGGUCUGGAGAAUCCAGCCAUUGUGCUGUUGGAAUAGCUAGGGAAUGAGCAAGGAAAUUCGGUUUAAUCUUGUAUAUAUGUCACCGGCAAAACGCCUAAUUUCAUGAGAAUAUAACCAUACUUCAGUUUAUUCUUCUU